AUGACUACUCCGGAUGCACCACCGGAUUUUCGACUCGAAUAUAUCGGAAGUUUUGUGCAAAAAAGUCUGAAAUUAAAACCAGAAAAAUGGGGAAGAUUAUUACUGACGGAAGAGUAUCGAAAUGUGGUGCUAGACUUUUUGGACAAGCCAUUACCAAUCGCUCUUUUUGUCGUUCUAACAUCGAACGCACAAUUAGUGGCAUCGUCUAAUUUUCCCAUACCGUACCAGAGAACAAAAGGAGUUUAUGCCGUUAAGGUAAAGCAAGCACCGCUACCAAAAGACAAAGAGGGAUGUUCGACCAUGUUAAUCGUCGGAGAUCUAUCGCAUCGGAUUGUCGAUCAAUUGGCUACGUUAGUCGAUAAUAUAUUCGCUCCUCUUCUUACUAAGCCUGAAAAUCAUAAGGACUUGCCGGAAAUAGCAAUUCAAGACAUAUGUAAGCAUGUACACGCUCUUCGUGGUACGUUAUAUCAGGUGAAAGGUCAAGUAAACGGAAGAACGGUGUUACCUAUGCCAGCGGGUCUCGAAAAGGUGACAGAGGUCGAAAGAUUGGUUUCCGCAGAAGGUCCACAGGCAGUUGAUCUGUAUCUGAAAAGUGCUAUAGAGGGUGUCGUGAUAAAGUGGGCUUAUUUAGUAAAUGACGUGGUCACUCAUGAAUCUGGCGUCGCGUUCGAAAAUGGCCAAAAUCCAACGCCCAAUAUCGAGCUGGAAUAUUGGUCUACUAGAUUGGCAAAUUUGAGAUAUAUUUACGAUCAAUUGCAAGAGGACCGGGUGAAAAAGAUGGCGACGAUUCUCGAAAAAACCGACAGCGCAUACUUUCCCUGCUUCCGUACAUUGUUCGAUAAUGUUGUUUCUUCAUUAGCCGAGGCAAAAGAGAUAUCGUUGUAUUUGAUGCCUUUAGCGAAGUGUUUCAAGUCUGUAGAGGAGAUUGAUUUCGCCGAGGCUAAACCGCUGAUGGCAACAUUAAUACAUUCGCUCGGAUUAGCAUGGGCGAAAUGCAAAAGUUAUCAGAGUUCUAGCAAGCUCAUCAUCAUGCUUCGGCAGAUAUGUAAUCUAUUAAUACAAGAAGCACGUCGAUUUCUCGAUCCAACAUCAAUAUUUCAAAGCGACGUGGACGAAGCUCUUCAACGCGUUAAAAUAUCAAGAGGAGUCUUGGAAGAAUUCAAAAGACAAUUCGAAUUGAGAAAGAAUAUGCCUGGCUUGAAACUGGAAGCACCACCUUGGACAUUUAAUUCGACCGCCGUCUUCACUCGUCUUGAUGCUUUUUUGAAACGGCUGGCGGAUAUCGAAUGGCUCUUCGAUACCGUCCUUGAAUUUUCCAAGUUAGAGAAGAUUGAAAUAGGCGGCAUUCUCGGACGGUCCUUGAGCGCGAGAAUCAUAAGUGUAUUUAAAGAAUUCCAACAACUUUUCGUUUCCUUCACUGUGAGAGCCAGCGACGUUCUUGAGCCAGACGACGAGUCCUUCGUCGUCGAUUGUACGAAAUUCGCAGAGUCCAUCUCGGAUCUUGACAGCAAGUUGGCGUCGAUUUUAUGUCAAGCUUUCGACGAUUGUGGCAAUCUCGAAAGCGUUUUCAAGUUGAUAAAUAUCGCUGGAUCGGUUCUGGAGCGUCCUGUCAUACGAAAGCAAUUCACUAAUCGAUAUGCUAGGAUCCUCGAGCUUUUGAACAUGGAACUCUCGGUGGUGGAAGUAUUGUUUAAUCGCGGCACCAGAGGUGCUCUGAUUGAUCUGCCACCUUUAGCCGCUUCUUUAACGUUCACAAGCAUGUUGAAACAGCGUAUCGAUUUACCUAUACAAUCGUUUAAAGCCAUGUCACAUCCGUACCAUCAUGCAUGGCGACGAAGGUAA